AUGAACGAAGCAAAUUACACUGAGGUAUCUCAAUUUGUGUUGCUGGGACUUUCUAUAUCUACACCAAUACAGCAUUUCUUCCUUGCUGUCUCUACAGUGUUUUAUGUAACAAUUCUUCUAGGGAACCUCUUUGUUGUGUUUAUAGUAAGCUUUGACCCUCAUUUACAUUCCCCCAUGUACUUCCUUUUAGCCAACCUUUCAUUUAUGGAUUUGUGCUUUUCUACCUUAACAGUUCCUAAGAUGAUUUCUGACCUGUACUCUGGGCACAAUACCAUAUCAUUCCAGGGGUGUGUCAUCCAGAUAUUUGUCCUUCAUGUCCUGGGUGGAUCUGAGAUGGUGCUGCUCAUAGCCAUGGCCUUUGACAGAUAUGUGGCCAUAUGUAAGCCCCUUCACUACCUGACCAUCAUGAACUCACGGAUGUGCGUUCUGCUUCUGUCUAGUGCUUGGGUUUCUGGUCUCAUUCACUCAGUAGCCCAGUUGGCUUUUGUUGUCCAUUUGCCUUUUUGUGGUCCUAACGAGAUAGAUAGCUUUUACUGUGACCUUCCUUGGUUUAUCAAACUUGCCUGCAUAGACAGCUACAGAAUGGAGUUCUUGGUUACUGCCAAUAGUGGGUUAAUUUCCAUAGGCACUUUCUUUUUAUUGAUUAUUUCCUAUAUCUUCAUCCUGGUCACUGUAUGGAAACACUCUUCAGGUGGUUUAUCCAAAGCUGUCUCUACUCUUUCAGCUCAUAUCACUGUGGUGGUUUUGUUCUUUGGACCAUGCGUCUUUGUUUAUAUGUGGCCAUUUCCCUCAGUGUCAGUGGAUAAAUUUCUUGCCAUUUUGGACUUUAUGAUUACACCCAUCCUGAAUCCUGUCAUUUACACAUUGAGAAACAAUGAUAUAAAGAUGACAAUGAAGAGACUGAGUAGUCAUCUCCUGAGUCUGAGGAAGAUCUCCUGA